AUGGCUGAAACCUGGGAAAUUUCCGGGCUCGGUCCUAUACCUCACUCAGCUAUCAGUAUAUUGGGUGUCUUCGAGAGCUUCAAACAUCUACCUCACUGCGCAGUCCCAUGGUCGGGUCGAGAGUACGAGUCUAAAGUUCAUUAUUCUGUCGCCAAACUCAACCAGGUAUCACAUCCCCAAGAACCUUCUCCCACCUGCGCCUUGGUCUUCUUUGUGGGCUAUUCCACAAAGAUCCAGGAACUCAACAGGUAUUGCCAGAGAAAUGGGCUUACCGGAACCCUUCCUGUCUUUAACCCGUACAUGCUGCAAGAACACUAUCUCUGUCCAGCUACACCAAAAACUGAAUUUCCUUGUGCCAUCCCAGACAGCGUCACCCUAUGUGAUCCUAUCCUUGUUUCCGCGUCUCCCGUCGAAGAACGUGACCGCGAAAUCGUCGCAUGGCUUGAUCGUGCUGCCGCUAUCCUCGUCAACUUGGAAACUCACGUAAAAAUGGAUGAGAUGAAUGUUCACCAGCUUGCGAUGGCUCUGCGUAUCUUGCCUGAUCGCGAACGUAAGAUCCAAGUCAUUUGGAAGCUAAAAGCACCAAAUGAUGUGAAGGCUUCCUUGCUUGACAUUCUCGGUGUCGACAUGAACAGUGGGCGAGUGAAGGUUGUCGAUUGGCUGGAUAUCGAACAUUCGGCACUCCUCAGGCAUCAUAACAUCGUAUGUGUUGUUAGUCAUGGUGCAGUCAAAAGGGAGAUCAAUAUGGAAUUAAUCUCUACGAGGAAAUUCCACUACACAAGUCAACCAACGAGGUCCAACAUACCUUCGAAGCGGUGA